AGGGAAAACCGAUUGCCUGCUGCCCGCCCGUCAACACUGACACAAUCUCUCUCUCCUCUUCACAACCUCCCUCCGAUCCCAUCGUCCACGUCCACCUCUGCUAACGCAGCUGUAUCUACUCAUUGCUGGACUCUCCGACCUACCAUUCGCUUUCGAUACACCGCGAUUUACCGUUUGAACCAGUCCUUAGACAACCCCGAACACCCCUGCGUCCUCCCCUCUUCUCCCCGCUUUACCAACUCCGCGGUUGACUUGCAACUCCACCGAGACGUGACAAACCAGGCAGAACCCCGCCAACCAGCAUGAGUAACACGGACUUCCUGGGUCGGGCGAUUGACACGGUCAAGAAGGCAAUUGAGAACGAUAAUGAAGGCGAAUAUGAGAAGGCUUAUCAACUCUACUACUCCGCAUUGGAGUUGUUCAUGCUGGCACUCAAGUGGGAGAAAAACCCCAAGUCUAAGGAGAUGAUUCGCGCCAAAACUGGGGAAUACAUGGACCGCGCCGAGAAGCUGAAGAACCAUCUUGCUUCGGCAGAUAAGAAGAAACCAAGUGCGGUGGGCGCGAAUGGAAAGGUCGCGCCAGGAAGCGGGAAAGGAGGGAACCAAGAGGACGACAAUGGCGAAGACGCGGAGGCCAAAAAGCUCCGGUCGGCUCUCCAGGGUGCCAUCCUGUCAGAUAAGCCGAACGUCAAGUGGGAGGACGUUGCCGGCUUGGAGAGCGCAAAGGAAGCGUUGAAAGAGGCGGUUAUUCUUCCCAUCAAGUUCCCGCACUUGUUCACUGGCAAGCGGCAACCCUGGAAAGGUAUCUUGCUAUACGGGCCCCCGGGUACCGGAAAGUCCUAUCUUGCAAAGGCCGUUGCGACCGAGGCGAACAGCACCUUCUUCAGCGUCAGUAGUAGUGACCUGGUAUCGAAGUGGAUGGGUGAGAGUGAAAGACUCGUCAAGCAACUCUUUAACAUGGCUCGCGAGAACAAGCCGGCUAUUAUUUUCAUUGACGAAGUCGAUGCGCUGUGUGGGCCACGUGGAGAAGGCGAAUCUGAGGCAUCUCGACGUAUCAAAACAGAAUUGCUCGUUCAAAUGGACGGUGUCGGUAAGGACUCUAGGGGUGUCUUGAUCCUGGGCGCUACCAACAUCCCCUGGCAGCUGGAUGCUGCCAUCAGGCGACGAUUCCAACGCCGAGUCCACAUCAGCCUUCCAGAUAUCAAUGCGCGGAUGAAGAUGUUCAUGCUGGCCGUGGGCUCGACACCGUGCCACAUGACUCAGGCAGAUUACCGGACAUUGGCAGAAAUGAGCGAAGGCUACUCUGGUAGCGAUAUCAGCAUUGCCGUGCAAGAUGCACUUAUGCAGCCCAUUCGCAAGAUUCAGACGGCCACGCAUUAUAAGAAGGUUAUUGUCGAGGGUGUCGAGAAGCUUACUCCAUGCUCGCCAGGCGAUGCCGGCGCAGCUGAGAUGACUUGGCUCAGCAUCGAAGCAGAACAGCUUUUGGAGCCCCCACUCGUGCUGAAGGACUUCAUCAAGGCGGUUAAGAACUCUCGGCCUACUGUCAGUCAGGAGGAUCUUACGAGGAACUCGGAGUGGACCAAGGAGUUUGGUAGCGAAGGCGCGUGAUUCGUCUCUUUCGUCGGUUAUAUCACUCGCAUCUCUUUCUCGACCACUCGGGUCGGCUUUCUCCCAGCGUCCCCGUUGAUAGUCAGGACUAUUUGGGCUCGUUUGCAUUCAUAUCGAAAGGAGGGCAUAACAUGGAAUAGACCAUGUAUUGACCCCAAGUUCCAUUCUCCUUGGACCUUGUCUUGCUUGGAUAAAUACUACUGAUCGGUAUGACUCGGGGGGUGUUUGAAGAGUUCGGUGUUCAGCAGCGGUUUCAUUUAUUCUUGUAUUCGAGUAUUUUGGCAAUUGUGAGGCGUUUCUUUGAGCAAAUAUUCUGUCUAUUCUGGCAGGCUUCAUCAUGAAAAAAACGGCAAACAUUCUAG